AUGAGUGAAUAAUAUGCUUUAAAUAGCUACAAUAUAUUUUUUACUGAGAUUUCUCCUUUAGUUGAUAAAAUAUAAAAGUACAGCGAUGGCGAUAAAGAAUAUUCUUAUGCUUAACUAAAAGAUAUGUCAUAAGUAGCUCAAAAUUAAUCUAAUUAAUUAAGCAUUUAAGAAGGAAGUAUUAAUAAAAACUAAGUUGAAGGUAUUGAAGGAAAGUAUCAGCAAGACAGCAGCCAAUAAGAAUACUAAAUAAAAAAUUAAGAUCUCUACAAUUAUAUAGUCUCAGAUCUCUUGCCUGAAAACUAGUAAGACAUUACAAGUAAAGCAUUUGAAAGGCUUACUUAGUUGAAUGAUGAUGAGUCUAAGAGAUUAAGUGAUGAAGCGCAUUAGUCUCUUUUCAGAAUGCUAACUCAAAAUUAUUUAGGAGUCUUUAUAUUAGCAGGAUUAUUCAAACUUAUAACUGUAUUUUUUUUAUUUGCAGCUCCAUGGUUUUUAGAUUCUCUAUAAUCAAGCCUCAAGGAAUAUAAGAGCAAUUAAAAUACCUCUCAAGCGGAUAGUUAAUCUUAAUUCCUAAGGAGAUAAAUUUACAUAAAUGGCGCUCUUUUAGCCCUAAGUUUUUUACUUUUUACAAUUUGUGAUUCUUAAUAUUCAUACUAGAUAAAAAAGCUUUCUACUUAACUAAAGCAGUAUCUUUAAGCCAACAUUUAUGCACAUGCUCUACUGAAAAAAGCUUAUACUAAGUAUUAAUCUUAUAGUGAAGACAAAGAUAAUCAAGAAUCUUAAAUACAUGCUAACCUAAAUAACUUGAUAACAAUCGAUGUAGAUACAAUUAUAAACUUUUUAAUAAGUUUUCAUGAAACAUGGUCUCUAAUAUUAAAACUCAUUAUAGGCCUUACAUUGCUCUAUCUUAAAAUGGAAUCAGCAGUAAUAGUGGGUUUUGUUGUUACUUUCAUUUUAAUGAUGAUAAAUUUUUAUAUUGCAAAGAGAAUAGGCAGUAUAUUUGAAUAAAUUCUCAAGUAUAAAGACUAAAGAGUAGGACUGACUCGUGAUAUACUUAAUGGAAUUAGAUAAAUUUAACUGCUUAAUUGGCAAAAUAUAUUCUUCUAAAAAAUCUUAGAUUUAAGAAAUCAUGAGUUUAGAUAGAUUUCCUAUGAAAAAUAUUUGGAUGCUUUUUGUGUAUUUUUUUGGGCUAGUUCUUCUUUAGCAAUAUCAGCAGUCACAUUCAUAUUAUACUACAAUAAAAAUAAAACUUUUGAAAAUAUUAACGUAUUUACAGCUAUUUACUUAUUUGAAAUGUUAAUAGGACCCCUGAAUGCUUUACCAUGGACUAUAAGUGGUUUAAUAAUGUCAAAAACCAGCUUUAGUCGUUUUAACGAUUUCCUUUAGUUACCAAAUCAAUAUAAAUAUUAGAAUAAAUAUUCAAGUUAGCUUGCUAUUUAAGUUAAAAAUAUUUCUUCGAAGUGGCCUUAAAUUAAAGAAGAAACUGGAGAUUUGAAAGAAGAAUCUAAUGAUAAGGAAGAAAAGAAAGACAAAGUUCUUCCUAUUUAGUAAAAUAAACAAGGAAAUAUUAAAAAUUAAGUUAUUCCUGGAUCUUCAAAAAAUGUUUCAGCCCCAUAAACAAACAAAUCUAAGCAAUCUUUCAAGUAGUCAUUCUCUGAGAGUAUUAAAUAGCUUAACGAAAAUGAAUAAAGAAUGAUAAAGAAAAAUAGAAUCUCGGCAUUAUCAGAUAAAGAUUAAGAUAUUACUCCUAAAUCGAUUGUCAAUAAGACUCCAUUGUCAACUCAAAAAAACAUUUUUAAAAAUUAAUAAGUUGAAUCUAACAAGAAUCUUUAUGAAGACGACAAUUUAGAUUCAGAAUUUAACUUAAAGAUUAACAACCUAUAAAUUCCCAAAGGUGCUUUUAUAAUUGUUAAUGGUAACACUGCUUCAGGAAAAACAGCUUUGUUGAAGACAUUUCUUUCUGAAAUGAAUGUAACUGAAUUGGAUGAAUCACUAAAUUCCUCUUUGAAAGUCUAAGGUUCUUUAGCAUACGUCUCUUAAAAUUAAUGGCUUUAUGAUUCAAGUUUACGUUCAAAUAUACUUUUCCAUGCUCCCUUUGAUAGGAAAUACUAUAGGGCAUGCAUAUUUGCUUCAUGUCUCCAUGAUGAUAUUUCUAAAUUUGAAGAUUUUGAUUUAUACGAAGUAGGAAUAAAUGGAAGUAAGCUAAGUGGAGGCUAGUAGUAAAGAGUUUGUAUAGCUAGAGCUUUAUAUAGCAAAAAGGACAUUUAUCUGCUUGACAAUAUUUUUAGCUCAGUUGAUAUUGACGUCGCUGAUCACAUAUUUAAAUUCGGUUUAAGAAGUCUUUUAAGAGAUAAAACAGUUAUAUUAUCUUCAAACACAAUUAGAUACAACUAAUACGCUGACUAUAUAAUAAAUAUUACUGACUAAAAUGAAGUAUUCAUUAUGGAAAAUUAGUAAAAGAUCGAUCUUCAAUUUAAUGAACAUGUAGAUCUGAAUAUUGUCAAAAUAUCUGAUUCAACUGUAAUUCGUAAAAAUAUAAUCAAUUAGAUAUAAAGCAACAACAAUGUGCUUGAGCUAUAAAAUUAGCCUAAUAAUUAAAAUGAUCAGUAAAAAGCAGAAGAGGAUGAAAUACAUUUAAGGUUAGAACCAAGAGAAAAAGGACUUAUUGAUAAUAAAGUUAUUUGGCUUUAUGUUAAAAAUAUUGGAUGGUUUUUUAUAUUCAUGAUUAUGUUAUCUUUGAUAUUAAUGUAAUUCUCUUAAAAUUAUUAUUAUGUCUGGCUUAAAGAUUACGUUAAUGGUUCAUAGGUUUUCAUGCUUGGAGAUACAGAAAAUAAGUUUAUUAUUACCUUAAUUGCACUAAGUGUUUUUAACUUGUUUGUGACUCUUUUUCGUGCAUUUUCAUUCGCUUAUGGAAACUUAAUUUCUAGUUAAUCAAUUUUUCUUUUGCUAACUUCUACAGUUCUAUUUUAAAAAGCUAGUUUUUUUAUGAAGCACUCUAUUGGAGCCAUUAUUUCAAGAUUUGCUGGAGAUACUGCAGCUGUUGACUAUUCAAUAUCUUUUAACUUAAAUAUAUUGCUAAAAAUAUUUUUUACAAUUCUAGGUUCUUUUUUAGUUAUUGCUAGUCAAAUGCCACUUACACUUGUUAUUAUAGCAAUUAUACUCAUUUUUUAUUACUUUAUUUAAGCGAAGUACAGAUAAUCAUCCAGAGAAAUUAAAAGAUUAGAUUCAGCCAAUACUUCUGCUAUGCUAACUCAUAUAAAUGAAUCAGCGUUUGGCAUUUAAAUAAUUAGAGCUUUUGACUUAGAAGCAAUUUUUAACAAAAGGUUUUUCAUUCAUAUGAAAAACUGUUCCACAACUAAUGUACUUUUAUCGGUUUUAGGUAUUUGGUUUUCAAUAAGAUUAUAAAUUUUAAGUCUUCUGCUUACGUUUUCUCUCUUAGUUUAUACUUGUGCUUCUGUCUUUUUUUAUGAUUUCUUUUAGAAAUAUGCCUUUUUGUUGCAAGUUGAUGCAAAUACUUUAGGACUUUGUUUAGUAUAUAGCAUUGAAAUAACAAAUUUGUUGAGAAAUCUAAUUCUAACUUUAACAGAAACAGAAAAAGAAUUUAUCUGUCUUGAGAGAAUAAAUCAAUACAUUGAUGAAGGAGAUGAAGAUUCAAAAAGAACAAAAGAAUAAGAAAGCAAAUCUUUAUUGUAGAAUAGUCUACUCAGAAGAAAGAUUAUGAAUGAUUUCGCUGUUGAAUUUCAUGAAGUAUAUAUGGCAUAUGAUUAAUAGUCUGAUAAAGACAAAAAUUAACAAGAUUAACAGUAAUCACCAUUUGUAUUGAAAGGAUUAUCACUUCAAAUAGAAAAAGGGAAAAAAUAUGGCAUUAUAGGAAAGACAGGAAGUGGUAAAAGCAGUAUUUUAAAUUGCCUUUUGAAGAUAUAUGAUUACUAAGAUGGAGAGAUAUAUGUAAAUGGAGAGAAUAUUAAAUUCAUGAAAGAUGAGUAUCUCUCUUCUUUAAUUUCUAUUAUUCCUUAGCAUGGAUUCCUUUACAGUGGUACUGUCAAAGAGAAUGUAGAUCCUUUGGAUAAGUAUUCUGAUAUGUAGAUAUUUAAGAUAUUUUAAUAGCUUGAUUUAUAAAAGUCUAAAUUGGCUAACUUAAACUUUAAAAUUGAAGAAGGAGGAAAAAAUAUUUCUGAAGGCGAGAAGCAAUAAAUAAGUUUAAUUAGAGCUAUACUUUAAAAUAAACAAAUAAUUUGCUUUGAUGAAGCUACAUCUAAUUUAGAUGAAUAAAAUGAAAUCAUGAUAGAAAAGUAUUUAGAUGGACUAAAAAACAAAACAGUAAUUUUAAUUACUCAUAAUCCAAGAAUAUUAAGUAAAUUCGAUGCUAUAUACAUCAUAGAAGAAGGAUAAGCCAUAAAAACGAGUUUCUAAGAUCUAUUAUUAGAUAUUCAAAAUAAUCAUAAUGAUUUUGAAUAAGUAGAUUAAAAUUUUUGA